AUUUGCUAGAAGCUGAACAGGUAGCUAAGUCUGGAAUCAUAAGAGCAUCUACAAAAUUUCUUUGCCAUGUCAGACUACCUUUGGUUUGAAGGGAUGCCUUUCCCUGGUUUGGGUUAUACAAAAGAAUUACUUGAAGAAAUCCGUGAUAAAUUUGUGGUGAGAGAUGAAGACACAGUCAUACUGACUUACCCCAAAUCAGGAACUAACUGGCUAAUUGAGAUGAUCUGCUUGAUUCAGACUAAAGGGAAUCCCAAGUGGAUUCAAUCUGUUCCCAUUUGGGAACGCUCACCCUGGAUAGACAAUGAAGAAGGAUAUCAGUUAUUAAUCAACAGGAAAGGACCACGCCUCAUCACCUCCCACCUUCCCUUCCAUAUUUUUCCCAGGUCUUUCUUCAGUUCCAAUGCCAAGAUGAUCUAUGUCAUCAGAAAUCCCAGAGAUGUACUUGUGUCUGGUUAUUUUUUCUGGUGUAAGACAAAUCUUGUUAAGAAUCCAGAGUCACUGAGUACUUACUUUGAAUGGUUCCUCAAAGGAAAUGUGGCAUAUGGAUCAUGGUUUAACCAUACUUGUGCCUGGAUGUCCAUGAGAAAAAUGGACAACAUUUUGGUACUGAGCUAUGAAGACAUGAAAAAGGACACAAGGAAAAUCAUAGAGAAGAUCUGUGACUUCCUAGGAAAGAAAUUAGAGCCAGAUGAACUCGAUCUGGUCCUCAAGUACAGCUCCUUUCAAGCAAUGAAAGAAAAUAAAAUGUCCAAUUUUAGCCUCAUCACGGAAGAUGAGGUUACUAACGGAUUGGUCCUCCUGAGAAAAGGCAUGACUGGGGACUGGAAGAAUCACUUUACAGUAGCCCAAGCUGAAGCUUUCAACAAGAAAUUCCAAGAGAAAAUGGCUGGUUUCCCUCCAGGGUUGUUCCCAUGGGAAUAAGUUCUUAAAACUUUUAAAUAAUGUAAGGACAGUGGGGUUUAUCUUCCUGUUGUUGUACAUGUGAAUGACUGAGUGUGGUCAUAUAAUAAAUAAUGUUACUGUA